AUGCUCUUCUAUCUCACUACGUUACGUGUGUCUAACGUGCUUUCGGAGCAAGCACCGACGACACCCGUUACCGGUGAAGGCCAAACGACACCGACCCAAACCCAAAUGUCAGCCUUUGAAAGGGUGGUCGAGACUUGGAAUAGCAAUGAAUAUAGUUGUCGAAACUAUAUUCUUGAUGCUUUGGAUGACUCCCUAUAUGAUAUAUACUCUACUUUUAACUCGGCAAGAGAAAUAUGGGAGUCAUUGGAAACCAAGUACAAGACCGAAGUGGCAUGUUCUAAAAGAUUUGUGGUCGGGAAGUUCCUGAACUUCAAGAUGAGCGAUGCAAAAUCUGUUGUGAAACAAGUGGAAGAACUACAAGUCCUUGUUCAUGAACUCGACACCGAAGGUAUGGGCAUCAAUCUGAACUUUCUUGUUGGUUCGAUAAUUGAAAAUUUGCCUCCUUCAUGGAGAGAUUUCAAACUAUAUUUGAAACAUCUAACCGAGGACAUGUCUUUUGAUCAAUUGGUUCUCAAACUACGAGUUGAGGAAGACAAUAGGAAGAGUGAGAAGACGGACGGAAGUUCAAUAGACCCAAACGCAAAUUUCGUUGUAGGAAACACUUCAAAACCAAAAUUUCAGAAGUUCAAGGGAAAAGGUAUCGCUAAACCUUCUCCCUCAAACAUGAAAAGCCCUCUCCAAGCCCACAAAAAGCCAUUCAAAAGGCAAAUGACUACUUGUUAG